AUGGAGGUGUACUCUGUGAUGCCCUGUAAGGGCUGCACCCCUUGGCAGGGGCUCCUGCUCACUGCCUCCCUUUUCACCUGCUGUCACCUGUCUACCACGGCCCAAGUCACCAUUGAAUCAGUGCCACCCCAAGUUGUUGAAGGAGAAAACGUUCUCCUCCGUGUUCAUAAUCUACCAGAGAAUCUUCUAGCCUUUAUCUGGCACAAAGGGGCAAGGAAUAUGAGCCUUAGAAUUGCACUGUAUUCACUGGCCAAGGAUACAUGUGUGAAAGGUCCCGUACACAGUGGUAGAGAGACAGUGUACAGCAACGGAUCCCUGCAGAUCCACAAUGUCACCCAGAAGGACAUAGGAUUCUACACCUUACGAACCAUUAAUAGACGCAUAGGAAUUGCAUCAAUAACAACCAAGUACCUUCACGUGUACACCUCCCUUGUGGACUGUGGGCACCAUCUCACCUCUGCCCAGCCCACUAUUGAAUCAGUGCCACCCAGUGUUGCAGAAGGGUCAAGCGUUCUUCUACUUGUUCACAAUCUCCCACAGAAUCUUCUAGCCUUUUUCUGGUACAAAGGGAUGGUUGUGUUCAACAACCUUGAAAUUUCGAGACACGUAAUAUUUACAAAUUCAAGCAUGCUGGGUCCUGCACACAGUGGCAGAGAGACAGUGUACAACAAUGGAUCCCUGCUGCUCCAGAACGUCACCUCGAAAGACACCGGACUGUACACUCUACGAACUGUGGCCACAGAUCUGAAAGCUGAAGUAUUGCACGUGCAAGUCCAGGUGGACACCUUCUCUUUGACCUAUGGGUGCCCUCCCUCCUAUGCCCAGCCCACUGUUGAGUCAGUGCCGCCCAGAGUUGCAGAAGGAGCAAGUGUUCUUCUAAUGGCUCACCACCUCCCAGAGAAUCUUCUAGCCUUUUUAUGGUACAAAGGUGUGAUUGUAUUAAAGAACCACGAGAUUGCCCGACACAUAAUAGCCAAGAAUUCAAGUGUGCUGGGCCCUGCACACAGUGGUCGAGAGACUGUGUACAGCAAUGGAUCCCUGCUGCUCCAGGAUGUUACCUGGAAAGACACUGGAUUGUAUACUCUAAGGACUCUAAGUACAGAUCUGAAAAAAGGAUUAGUGUAUGUGCAACUCCUGGUGGACACCUCCCUUUCUACAUGCUGUAACCCUCUCAUGAUUGAACCAGUGCCAUGGAAUGCUGCUGUAGGGGAAAGCGUUCUUUUCCUUGUUCACAAUCUGCCAGAAGAUGUGAGAACCUUUUCCUGGUAUAAAGGAGUGUCUAGCUUUCAGAUGUUUAAAAUGGCAGAAUACAACAGAACAAUGAAUUCCAUCACCCCAGGUCCUGCCCACAGCAGAAGAGCAAUGGUGUGUACUAAUGGAUCUCUGCUGCUUCAGGACGUCACUGAGGAAGAUGCAGGAUUCUACACACUACAAACUUUAAAUAGAAAUUUGAAAACUGAAACAACACAUGUACAGCUCCAUGUGAACCCCUGCAGGAACGCUAUCACCACCGCCAAGCUCACUGUUGAAUCAGUCCCACCCAAUGUUGUUGAAGGGGAAAACAUUCUUCUGUUUGUUCAUAACAUCCCAGAGAACCUUCGUGCCUUUUCCUGGUACAAAGGGGUAACCAUUGUCAAUAGCCGUGCGAUUGCAUGGUACUCGGUACCCACUAAUAGAAGUUUGCUGGGGCCUGCACACAGUGGUAGAGAGACUGUGUACCCCAACGGAUCCCUGCUGCUCCACAACGCCACCCAGAAGGACACUGGAUUCUACACCCUACGAACCUUAAAUAUACAGCUUGAAACUCAAGAAACACGCAGGCACAUCCACGUAUACAAGCCUGUGUCAGAGCCCUUCCUGGGAGUCUCUGACACCACAGUCCCAGUCCAGAGCUCUGUGCUCUUCACUUGCCUCUCAGCUAACACUGGAAUCUCCAUCCGUUGGAUCUUCAAUAACCAGAGUCUGCACCUCACAGAGAGGAUGACCCUGUCCCCAACGAAGUGCAGACUCAGCAUAGAUCCUGUCAGGAGGGAGGAUGCUGGAGAGUAUCAGUGUGAGGUCUCCAACCCAGUCAGUUCAAAGACCAGUCUCCCAGUCAGGCUGGCCAUAAUGAAUGAAUGA